AUGGACAGAGGAAGAAGAAGAAGAAAAAGAAGACGACGACGACGACGACGACAGUUUAUAAUUUACGGAGCUAAACACCGGAGUAGUCAGCGGAGAGAAGCCGUUAGUUGGAUCCAAAUAACGACAGAAAACCCCCGAGGAGUUAUUCUGUUAACCAGAGAUGGACCGACACCGGAAACAGCUGGAAACGAAGCUGCGAGGAGAAGCUUUACCUUCGGAUGUCCAGAAAGUGAUUGUUGGUGAAGAACAUCAGCAGGAGUGGAGCUCCAGUCUGGACCAGGAGGACACAAAGCCCCCAGACAUUAAAGAGGAACAGGAGGACCUCCGGAUCAGUCAGGACGGAGAGCAGCUUCAAGGGCUGGAGGAGGCUGAUAUCACCAAGUUCCCAGUCAGUGUCCCUGUGAAGAGUGAGGAUGAUGAAGAGAAACCUCAGUUCACACAGCUUCAUCAAAGACAAACUGAACAGAUGAAAACAGAAGCUGAUGGUGAGGACUGUGGUGGACCAGAACCAGCCAGGACCUCAGAUUCAGAUAAUUAUUUACAACCAGAUACUGAUGACCAGACUGGAGAGUCGUCUGAAGCUGAGACUGAUGACAGUGCUGAUUGGGAGGAGACCAGAGAACCUCAGUCAGGUUUAAAGUCUCUGAAUAAUGAUGCAGACCCCGUCAGUGAUUCAAGGUGUAGUGCUGGUGAGAAAGAGUGUGGAGAAAGAUUUGGCACCAGUGGACCUCUGAAGAGACACUUGAAAACGCAAGCAGGAAGAAAACCAUUUAGCUGCUCAUUCUGUAAGAAAGCUUUUAGACAGAGUGAAGAUUUACAUAGACACAUGAGAAUCCACACAGGGGAGAAACCAUUUAGCUGCUCCGUCUGUAAGAAAGCCUUUGCAGUGAAUGGAAGUUUACAUAGACACAUGAGAACCCACACAGGAGAGAAAGCAUUCAGCUGCUCCAUUUGCAAGAAAGCUUUUACACGGCGUGGAGGUUUACAGACACACAUGAGAAUCCACACAGGAGAGAAAGCAUUCAGCUGCUCCGUCUGUAAGAAAGCUUUUACAGAGAGUGGAAGUUUGCGUAGACACAUGAGAAUCCACACAGGAGAGAGACCAUUUAGCUGCUCCGUCUGUAAGAAAGCUUUUGCAGUGAGUGGGCAUUUACAGAAACACAUGAGAAUCCACACAGGAGAGAGACCAUUUAGCUGCUCAGUCUGUAAGAAAGCUUUUACCGAGAGUGGAAGUUUACAGACACACAUGAGAAUCCACACAGGAGAGAAACCAUUCAGCUGCUCAAUAUGUGAGAAAGCUUUUACAGUGGGUGGACAUUUACAGAGACACAUGAGAAUUCAUUCAGGAGAGAAACCAUUUAGCUGCUCGGUCUGUAAAAAAGCUUUUAGAGUGAGUGGACAUGUAAAGGCACACAUGAUAACCCACAUAAGAGAGAAACAACGUAGCGGUGUGAAGUGGAGCGCCACUCUGGAAGGAGAGCAGAAAACCUCAGUCAGGUUUAAACACUCUGAAAAUUCAGAAAUUCUCUAAAGGUGAUAUGAGAUGUUAUAAUACGUGGCUCCUUAAAGGAGAACUCGGGCAAUUUUUACGUUA